AAUAACUUCACAGAUAUCGUAGAGCUACGAACGAGGAAGGGAUUCUCCGCUAGCCAGUGAACCAUUUUUCUGUCGUCAAACGGAUCAAGCUUUUUGUGAGACGGAUCGAUCACAAAAAGCGGGAUUCGCUUUUCGCAUAGGAAUUGGCCUGUCGUGGAGCCAACUAAAUACGCAGCACGUUCCUCUUAAAAAUCCAAUAUUAAGAUGGAAGAAAUGCAACAACAAGUUGGGCCUAACAUGAUGCCUGGCGUGGGUGGCCUUCCUAACCAUUCAAAUAACGUUAAUCGUCGUAAUAGAGUUCGCGUAACAUUGCAUACCAUGAUGUUAGAGAAAUUGCCAUUACACGAAGCAGCGCGUUUGGAAAUGAAGGCAUUACCCAGCAAAACACCUGUCUCUGUUCUUCAAGAAUUACUUUCUCGUAGGGGCACAAUACCAAAAUAUGAAUUGGUCCAAAUUGAGGGAGCUAUUCAUGAGCCUACCUUUAGAUACAGAGUCACUGUUGCUGAUGUUGUUGAUCCAAUUGUUUCAGCAAUGGGUACUGGUAGAUCUAAAAAGGAAGCGAAACAUGCUGCUGCUAAAGCUGUCUUGGAUAAAUUAAUAGGCGUAAAUACAGAAACUUCAGAAUCUCCUCUUCCAAAUAGUAUACCUGACUCUCAAAAUUUGCAAGAACUGCAAGCAUAUGGAGAAGAGAAAGUAGUAAAUAAUCCAAUUGGAGCUUUACAAGAAAUGUGUAUGUCUCGUCAUUGGCCACCACCAAAAUACACAAUGGAAGGUGAAGAAGGCUUGCCUCAUGAGAGACAAUUUACUAUUGUUUGUUCAAUUUUGAAAUAUCGCGAAGUUGGUCAAGGAAAAAGUAAAAAAGUUGCGAAGAGACAUGCAGCUCAUAAAAUGUGGCAAGCCUUACACGAUAUGAAUAACCAAACUCCUAAUGUGGAUGAGGAUGAGAUUGUGCAAAGAAAUGCAAAUGUGAGCGCCCGUUAUGCUGAUCUGAAAGGUAGCAAAAUCUCGACAUUGACAUCAGUACAUAGUAUCCAAGUAUCAAAAUUUCACAAGAGUCUCAAGUCAUCUACAGGUGUUAAGCUUUUCCAACUGCAGAAUACUUGUUUCAAUGAUGGGGAUGUAAAUUUGGUACAAUUCUUGCAAGAAAUCGCAUCAGAGCAGCAGUUUGAAGUCACUUAUGUUGAUAUUGAGGAAAAAUCUAUCAGUGGUAAAUUCCAGUGCCUUGUGCAACUGUCUACCCUGCCAGUGGCAGUUUGCUAUGGUUGCGGUGUGACCAGUAAAGAUGCUCAAGCCAGUGCUGCUCAGAAUGCCCUGGAAUAUCUCAAAAUCAUGACCAAGAAGUGAGCCAGCGCUUUGCUCCUGCCAGA